AUGGCUUCUGAAGCUGGUAGAGGUGGAAAUUAUCUUUCCAUAGAUGGCGGCUUCAACCCACUCUCAGCUCUUUACAUCAUCGAUGAGAUGCUCCAGCGACUAAAGUUUGAUCUCGAGUUAGAAGAGGACGUCCGGGCCUGUGAUUGGUUCGACUUGAUCGUUGGUAGUGGCCAUGGCGGCCUUAUUGCCCUUCUUCUCGGUCGACUGCAAAUGACGACACCCCAAGCCAUAAAGGCGUACAAUUCCCUGGCUGCGGUGAUACCGACCGAACCGACUGAAGGAAAGGAGCAGAGAGAGGCAAAUAGA